GAGACGUUAAAUCUUACAGGCAUGUAUUUUCUCUGUUCCAAAUUAUGGGUCGCUUUGGUUUUUCUAUGUAUAUGAGACUGGCUAUGCACGAUAUACACUAUGUGUAGAAGGAUUAUGUUUUAUGGGAAUGGUUAUAUGUGCCGUCUUAUUAGCGUCGUCUAUGUCUUGACGGAAUAGUCUUAUUUUGGUCAAUUAGGAAAUUAAAAUAACAAAUUUCGAGAAAUGAAAGUAUACUUCUUCCCUUCUCUUUUCUUAUUAUCUUAUUUCUACACUAGUAGAGAUGCUGAAUCAUUCACUUAUCUGAUCCCGGAUAGGAGCUAUCUCACAGAUCUACAUCCAAGUACAGUCAUGGCCUAGCGGUCUUCUUCUAGUAGGAGUAGUAGACACUUCAAUAUAAUUCAUACAGCAUGACAUCAAGGCCACGGCGCAAUUAUUACAAAGUCAUGAUCAGAAGAAGCUUCUACUUGACCUGCGAUCGACGAAGCAAUUUAAUUUUAGCCAACACACCACCAAGCACCAACCAAGCAUUCCCUUUAUAAUUAAGCACAACACCCCAUCAGGCGCGCAGAGCAAGAAACAAUAAUCGGCCCGGUCAGUCAACCCCACCAUGUUCUUCUGCGAGUGCGGCACGGGCAGCUUCAAGCACGUCGACGAGGGCCCCGAGGACAUCAGCUGCGGCGGAUCGCGAUCGCCCAGGGGGAGGAGGAAGCCCGGCGGCAAGGUCAACCCCUACGCGGGGCGCGGGUUGGACCGGUUCUCCGUCGUGCUCGCCGAGCUCGAGACCCGGCGGGCCAGGAUCCUCCGCCGCGUCGGCUCCGACACCGGCCUCGUCUUGGUCCGCUUCGUCCAGUCCAACGGCGGCUGGACGCCCGUCGUCGUGAAGCUCCCCGACGAUGACGAGCAGCUCAAGCAUGGCGCCGCCGCCGCCGCCGCCAAGAAACCGAAGGCCGCGGCGCCACCGUUGCCACUACCGGCUCCUGCUUCGCCCACCAGCCCGCUGGACCCGGCCAGCCCUAGGGGGAGGGAAGAAGGAGGCAAGAAGGCCAUCACCACCAAGGUGCCGGCGAGGAGGGCGUCCUUCUCGUGGGGGACGAGGGUGCGGCGGCCGUCCCGCUACUGGCCGGCCGUCAUCGUGCUCACGCUGGUGAGCCUGGCCGUGUUCGGGCGGGUGUUCGCCAUCUGCCUCACCUCCAUUUGGUGGUACGUCCUCCCCACCAUGGGCAACGAAUGCUACGACGGCGCCGGCGGCGAGGACGCGCGCCGGGCCGGCCUGAGGAGGUCCAUGGAGAAAAAGAAGCUCGUCUCGCAGCCGCCACACACCAAGAACGGCAGCAGCUGGGGCGCGAACGAGGUGGCCAGCUCGCCAAGAGGCCAUGCCAUUGCCAAGGGGAAGCGAGGCUGACGCCUGAUCGACGCAAGCAUUAGUGCCCGUAGUUGUGUGGCUGGAAAAAGCUAGUAGGGAUGAAAGAUGAAACCUUACGGGCCACAAAUCUCUUGUUUUUUUUCCUUUUUCAAUUUCUUCCAUGAUGAGAUGGAACGUGAAUUUGAUGAUGUUUCUCUUUUACAGUCCAUCUCGUCAUGUUGUAAUAAAUUUGUAAAUAGUGUCGAUCGAGUUACUUCAUUUGCAUGGAUGUCGACCCUUUUUUUC